UAGAACACCCGCACAUAUUUUAUUCCCCAUUUUUUGCUCCUUCAUGGAGCAGUUGGAGGCGGCAUCUCCUCUCCUCACUGCCUGUCACAUAAAAAAACUUCCUACGUCACAGUCUAACAAUGCUUGAUUGCCAAGUGUCAAAUUCCUCUUCCAUCAACAAUUUCUGCCAAAAAGAACUAAUAAAUAGAAAUUUUGGGAUUUUCAAAAAAAAAAAAAAAAAAAUUUGGGAAACUGUUGUGUAGAAGUACACGAAAAGCGCCUCUGCAAAUUUCUCGCUUCUCUAUUCCUCUGUUUCUUUAACCCCCUCACACAUGCCGUCGUCGUUGUCGUCGUCGACUCCAUAACCAAAAACUCUCUCACUUCUCUGAAAUGCUCAAACUCCUCAACCGUAAUCUCCGCCUCCUCUGCUCCCGCCUCCGAUGGCCGAUACGCCGUCGUUCGAAGCCCAAGGUCGUCAUCAGAAGGUUCGGGAAGUCGAGUUCCAAAGCCCGAAACGGAGCCGAAACCGAACCUAGGGUGCCAGCCUCGGCGGCGGUUCAUCCGAACGGCCAAUUCGUAGGCGCCAAGUCGGAGACGCCCCUGCGGAUUGCGACGUUCAACGCUGCUCUGUUCUCCAUGGCGCCGGCGGUUCCCAAGGCGGCGAGAUUCGUCGAGGACACAAACGGCGACGUUUUGAAGGUCAGGAAUCUGAAUGUGCGAUCCAAGUCUCUCAACGAUCGUCCGAAGAGUAUUCUGAAGCAAUCUCGUUUGCAUCCGAAUUCGAUGAGUAGUAACAACAAUAAUAAUAAUUUGGAUAAUCUUUCCAAUCAACAGAAGUUCGCAAGAUCGAAGUUGAGGGUUUCGAUCAAUUUGCCGGAUAACGAGAUUUCUCUGCUGCGGAAUCGGCAAUUGAGCUUCUCCGAGGACGGAAAGGAGGGUUCUUCGUCUAUCAGCCGAUUUCUCAGAGGAAAAGCUCCAUUGAGAUCGAGUGUGAGCUUUUCUGCUAAUAUUGGGAGUGGAACCGACGAAGAUUCCUACAGAAGCACGAGGACGGUUCUGGAAGUUCUAAGAGAGUUGGACACCGACAUUUUAGCUCUCCAAGAUGUGAAAGCAGAAGAAGAGAAAGCCAUGAAACCCUUGUCCGAUUUGGCCUCUGCUCUGGGGAUGAACUACGUCUUCGCCGAGAGCUGGGCUCCGGAGUAUGGCAACGCCAUCUUGUCCAAAUGGCCGAUCAAGCGGUGGAAGGUUCAGAAGAUUUUCGACGACACUGAUUUUAGGAAUGUUCUGAAGGCCACAAUAGACGUUCCCCAAGUUGGAGAAAUCAACUUCCAUUGCACCCACCUUGACCAUCUUGAUGAGAAUUGGCGGAUGAAGCAGAUAAACGCCAUAAUCCAAUCUAACAACGAGCCCCACAUCUUAGUCGGAGGUCUCAAUUCCCUUGAGGAAACGGAUUACUCACAAGAAAGAUGGACAGACAUUGUAAAGUAUUACGAGGAGAUGGGAAAGCCAACGCCAAAGGUCGAAGUAAUGAGAUAUUUGAAGAGCAAACAGUACACAGAUGCUAAGGACUUUGCAGGAGAAUGCGAGUCUGUUGUGAUGAUAGCCAAAGGGCAAAGUGUACAAGGGACAUGCAAAUAUGGAACUCGAGUAGACUACAUAUUGGCUUCCCCAAACUCUCCCUACAAGUUUGUCCCCGGAUCUUACUCAGUUUUUUCUUCAAAGGGGACUUCUGAUCACCAUAUAGUCAAAGUUGAUAUAAGAAAAGUAGAUAACACUGCUCAAGAAAACGAAACCAGAAAACGGCGCGAAUCGAAACCGAAAGUUGUAAAGAUAACAGGGUCUUCCCUGUCAAAGGGUAUAUGGACAACACAUACGUGAGAGAUAAGAUUUUUUUAACUUAUUUUGAUCCUCAAGCUUAAUUAGGUCUAGCGUGGUUUGUUUAUGCAAGGAAGAGCAUGUGGUUUUGAAGCUUCUUCCUGCUCCUACACUUCGUAAAUUAUCUAUUGUGACCUUUACAUUGUUUUAGGAAAUGAUUCAAAUUUUUAGGAUGUGUGAUGACUUUUAAAUUCUUCCCCAC